AUGGCUACUCUCAACUACACUCUGCCGAUUGACUCAUGGGUCUUGGUCACUGGAGCCAAUGGCCACAUUGCCUCCCAGGUUAUCGACGCAUUCCUCGCCAAAGGGUACAGAGUACGCGGCACUGUACGCUCGGAGAAGCCUUGGUUGGUGGAAGGGUUCCAAGCCAAAUACGGCUUGGGUAGGUUUGAGACAGCGAUAGUACCCCGGCUGGAAGAUGAAGGGGCGCUGAAUGGCUGCGUGCAAGACGUUGCUGGUAUUGUCCAUGUGGCAUCAAACAUGUCCUACCGACCCAAUCCAAGCGACGUGAUUCCCGGGGUAGUGGCAGCAACCAUGAACGUGAUGACCGCGGCAAACAAGACCCCGUCCGUCAAGCGGGUAGUUCUUACCUCCUCGGUGGUUGCCGCCUUUCCGGUCCUGGAUGAUGCAGUUGGACUGGCGGACAAGACGGUAGACGCGACCACCUGGAACACUGCAGCCGUAGCCGACGCAUGGAAUCCAGACACACCCGAACACAUGAAACCCAGUGUGAUCUAUGCCGCGGCCAAAGUCGAGGCUGAGCGUGGUGCAUGGACCUGGAUGGAGGAGCACAAGCCGCAUUUCAUCCUCAACACUGUCCUCCCCAAUAUGAACUUUGGCAAAAUACUUUUUCCUGAGCACCAAGGUUCCGCAAUGCGUUUUACACGCAUGAUGCUGGAUGGAAACGAGUUGAUUAUGAGAGUGGCUCGACCACAAUGGUAUGUCGACGUCGAGGACACGGCGCGGCUUCACGUCGUAGGGCUACUCGACCCGAACGUGCAGUCCGAACGGCUUUUUGCUUGCGCAGCUCCAUUCGCCUGGGCUGACGUGGUGCAGAUCUUGCGUGAGCUCCAGCCACAAAACACCCAAAUUCCCGAUGCACUUGGUGAGGUGCAAGAGAAAUUUCACGUUGUGGCUUCAGCCCGAGCCGAGCAACUCCUGCGAGCCUUCUACGGUAAGGACAGAUGGACCCCACUAAAGGAGUCAUUGGCGAAGGGCAUUGAGGGAUAG